AUGUCGUCGUCCCCUGAAUAUCGCCGCCCACGCGAGCCGGCUACUUCAAACCGGCAGCUGAGGCAUGCCUUCGCGGAGUUUGGCAUCGACGCCUCCGAUUUUGAAACGCAGUCAGAUGCUGGCUCACCUAGGGGCCCACCCUCUCGUACUUUAUCUAGUGCUAAAAGUCUCCCUACCCUCACCAAGACGGCUUACGACUCACUCGAGUUCAACCAGAACUACGAUGACGGUAUUCAGCCGUACUGGGGAAACCUCUCCCCCAACACUGAUCACAACGGAGAAGCUGAAGCAACCCCUUUCCAUGACCUUGAACAAAAGGGCGAGUCUCAAAUCCAGAUCGGUGCCACCAACGAAACCCCUCGGCACUUCACCAGAUCUCGAAGGACAUUUGAUGCUCAAGCUGUUUAUCCGGCUGAGGCUUGUCUCUUCGUUGCCAAUCUUGCUCAGAAUAUUGAUGAUAUAAGCAUCGAAAAAGAUCUUACUCGAUUCUUUGGUCAAUAUGGAACUGUCUUCAUCAAAGUGAAGCGUGAUCGACGACUCAUGCCUUACGCCUUUGCCCAGUUCACCGAACGCAAACAUGCCGACUUUGCUUUGAAGAAUGCAGCUGGAAAAGAACUCAUGGGUCGCAUUCCUCGCUUGGAAAAGUGCGGAGGAAACUUAUCCUACAUCAUCUUCCGCAGAAACAAACGCGCAGUUCAGUAUGACGAGGCCCACAAUAUCUUCUCCCCAUAUGGGAAGAUUGCCAAGAUUGAGACUUUGGACUAUAAAAUUCAAAUCAAGCUCAAUGUGCCUCCAUCCAUGAUGGUACAGUAUGAGAAAUUCGAUCCUAAGCGAGACGUCAUCAAAUCUUUCGGUCCUUCUGAUGUCUUCAUCAUCAUGUCAUACGACCCCAAGAUCGCUCAAGAUCCUUCCGAACGUGCUCCAGGCGACCGAACUUUCAUGGAACAGUAUGACAAGAAUCGUCGCUCAAUCUUCAUGGGCAAUUUGCCACCCCACACGGGUGAGCAUCUUGUCCACAGAGUUGCCUCUCUCUGUGGAAAUGUCAUUUCUAUUGAUCUCCGGAUCAUCCCUGAUAUUAACGGUGGUUCCCCUAAUGUCUAUGCCUUUGUUGAAUUCGAGCGUCCUAAUGCCCCUGACGAGGCCGUCCGUCAGUUCAACGGGACACAAGUCGAGGGUUCUAUCUUGAAAGUUGAGCGAAGGCGAACCAGGCCUACUCGUGAUGCGCGAAGCUAUUCGAACUCGCUGGCGAUGCGACCACUGCCAUUAGUGCCGCCUCUGCGUCCUUAUCGUGCAGCUUCUAUCGCUCUGGCACUGGCGAUGAGACAAGAUGAUGAUCACAAUGCAGGCUCUCUGGCUACUGCACUUGUCCAUUGUGGACCCAACCACAGCCGCCCAGGAUCGAUGGCUGCCGCACCCACUCACCACCAAGGACAGCAUAGCUGUUCCGUAUCUAUGGCUGUCGAUGGGCUUACGGUCGAUCAAAGUAACAACAGCCGCAUAGAAUCGACUGAUGAAAUCUCCCUUCCCCUUCCUCAGGACAUCCAAGCAAUGCCAGUUCAACCUGAACAACUCAACCCGCGACGUGUGUUUCUUUCUCCCAACAAGAUGGCUCAGUUUGGUGCUGGUGAGCUAGACGAGUACACUCCCAUUAACUCGCCCGACAAAGUCAGUGGUCCUAAUGCCACCGGAAACAACGUUCACUGGGGACAGUCGCAAUUCAUUGACGCCUCUCCCUUGUAUGUAUCUCCUACAGGAUCGUCUCCUGUGCAUCACAAACCCAAUGAUGCCCCGGUUAAAUCCUUUGCGGAGCGCUUAGCUACUUCUGGAAGGCCAACGUCAUAUGCGUUCUCGUCGGCUGCUCAGCAUGCGGUAGACCGAUGCGAGAUGGCUAUAGAAGAGAAGGAGAACGGCUCUGCCAAGGGGCACCGUCGUGGCCCUUCUGCCCUCUACCCAGUCGCACCAGCCCUGGAUCUUGAGGUCUCAGAAAGUGAUGGACCCAGCGAGUGGCGAACUACUGGUACCACAGAGGAGGAAGAGGGCUUUAAGGAGAAAAAGGCAAAGAGCAGAAAGAAACUCCGACGCGGCUGCCUAUCAGAACAAAACCUGAAGCUAAACGAACUUUCCGACUCACAGCUCAACAAAGACCACAAGUCGGAGGAGAACCUCAAAGUGAAGAAGAGAGUUUCCUUCAGAAAGGAGGCAUCUGUCAUCAACAACAGCCCUGAGCCAGUUCACGAGACACCUAUCCGCCAAGCGCCCAUUCACUCUCCCUAUAUGGGGCCUACUCUACAGACACAACUGAUGCCAGCACCGCCUCCUCUCCCUGGCGGCCUUGUAUAUGUAGCGGUCCCUUACGAGUCUGUUGCCGCGCAGUUGGGCACUCCGCACUUUUACAGCUAUCCGUCCCACCAGCAUGAGGUUCAGUAUCAGGCCCAUCCUCACGUCUACCAGGAGCAUCCGCAAGUCUACCAAGAGCAUCCCCAGGCUCGCUACCAGGCUCAUAACCAGAACGUUUACGGAGAGAGCGCCCGUACUAUUUACCGAGCCCAAUCCCAGGUCCCCUUCCAGGAAAGUAUCCAAACACCGUACCCUGGAUAUGCUCAAGCAUCCUAUGGCGAGUAUGCCCCGAUGUACCAGAAUCAUCAGGUUCGGUACCAAGGCCCCCAGCAUGUCGAUCUUCAAGGUCGCCGUUAUGCCUCAUAUGCUCACCCUCAGGAGUACCGCGAACCUCCCCUGCAGCCUCACUAUCCCACCUACAGUAACAUGGCUUCUUCUAGCAACGUCUACAUGCCCCGUGCUCCGGCCGAGUCUCCUCACCAGAGACGACAGCGUAUUGAAGCGGAACGAUACCGUCGCUACAACGCCUAA